CAUAUUCAAUUCACUCGCGCGAAACAAGAAAACCCUCAACAAUUCCAAUACAACUGAGAAUCAAAAUAAAAUCAACCUCGUAUAUCAAAGUCGCAAUUGUGCCGCGCCAAGAGUAGGAGCGAAACUUUGUAUAUGAUAGUGCCGUCACGUGAUCUGGUGCUUGGCUCAGGUGCUGCCUAAGACGUGACGCGUCUCCCAUCUUUCGUAUCCUCCUAGUUCCAACUUCCAACUUUACCAUCAACGACGAUAACGCUUCAAUUCACACUGCAAUCACGGCUAUCGAAGGGCAUAUUCAUCUGGCCAGACCGCCAUCCAGAAUUGACGUUUGAGGUCCAACCAACCCCGCUGUCAUCACGGCCGAUCCGCAUUCUCGAUUGUUGACACUCCUACACCAUGGCCCGAAUAAUCCCUACCAACGAGUCCUCCCAAACACUCACACUCCCCACCCCAACAUUCCCGCAAUUCCCCCUCCUCCCCCGCGAAAUCCAAUUCAAAAUAUGGCAGCACGCCAUCCCCGACCCACGCUCAAUCCUCGGCGUCGUCCGCCUCCUCCUCGACUUCGACCUGUCCAAACCCCGCGCCAUCCUCCCCUCGAUCCGCGAAUUUAAAGCCGCCUACAGAACCAUGCACUUCCCAUUCACCGACGAGGGAGGGGAACUGGACGACGAGUUCUACGAGUCAAAAGAAGCUGCGAUCUGGAGGCCGUCCAACGCCGAUAUGGCGACUUCUAGGCGUGAGGUGCUGAAUCUGAUGCAUGCUUGUCGGAUGGCGAGACUUGCGACGCUGGAGCGGUACAGACUUGCUGUUGGAUCGGAGAUUGAGGAGGAGAAUAAACCCUGGUGGGAUCCAGAGGACGACAUGGUCUUGUUCAUUGGGCCGGAUCAUAGGGAGAGAUCGACUAUACUACACUGGCUCUUCUCUUCCCGGGAUGAACCUCUCCCCGUCUUCGAGACGCUGCAACAUGUCGCGGUGACAUGUGAUUUCACCCUCCACGGCUACCUGGUAUCACCUUUCUAUUCUGACGUAGUGCAUCUGGAAGAAGAUUCUCUGGAUAAUCUUCCGGAAUUGCAGAGUUUCACAAUGUUUAUUGAUCCGGCGUCGGUCUUGGAGAGGAGUUGGGGAAAGGUGCUUCUGUAUGAGGCGUUGCAGAAGCCUGUACAACUUUUUAGGGGUUUGAUGCCAAGGGAGAUUGAGAGAGCUGUGACGGGUGGUUUCAAGGAAGUUUUGCCCGAGGAUAUGGAGUUGCCGUUGGUGGAGGUGUUUGUUGCUGGGUGGGAUAAAAGGUGAUUUGGGUAGCUGGAAGUUGGGUGCUUGGGGAUGGUAGGGUACAUCGACUUGGAAGUCUAAAGACCUUCUGAUAUGGCUCGUGACUAUGUUUUUACUUGCAACGGCAAGGGUCUAACUAUCCAGAUCUAUUUUUGGUUGCUCUCAAUACGACGAUUACCAUCAACGAUGUUGUGUUAAAAAUCAUACAUUUGAUUUCAAAAAAUACUUCCAGGUUACUUGAAAGACAC